UAGGGCGAGGUGUUUGUGCCGAGCAGCAGACAAAAAGGGAGUUCUUUCUUUUCCACAUAUUCUUCAAGGAAAACCCUGUUCUGUAACUCAGAAGCAAUAAAAAGCCUACAGGAAGUAAAGUUCCUUGUUUCCUGGCUUCUUUAACUUCCUGUCAGCGUCAUGCCAGACCCUAAGCGCUGUCUGGAAGCUCUCUCAGCUCUCUCUGGCUGUAAUGUCGAGGCGACUACCGGAGCCUCCCAGCUCAGCCCUCAGGACGUGGUCAACAUCGUGGCCCUGAAGGAGUUUUACAGGCAGAAGGGCUUCAGAGAGCUGGAAUACCAUGUGGAGAGCUUAGGGACUUUAUCCCUGCAGGACGUGGACGACAUGGACAUGUACAGUUCCCCCCUAGCGCUGACACCGGCCCCCGAAGAGAGCCUCAAAACCACAGUGAAGAUAAACCUCCAGGACUUCUUCCAUCCACAGUUCGACUAUGACUUCACCAAGAUAAAGGAUGGCGACAGGAAGUUCCUGCGAGGUAAUGAGCAGUACGUUCGUCCCUGCGGGUGGAACCGGGUCGCCCUGCGCGUUGUCCAGAAGUACGACGACGGAGACAGCUGGCUGAGGACGGGGAAGGACGCCUGGCCCGUCUCCUACCACGGAAACAGCAUGGAUGGCUCCCUGGGCAUCAUCCUGACUCAUGAAGGGAACCCCAAAGAUGAACCGGAUUUUCUGGAUGCAGCGGCCGCCUCUGUGGUCGCCGAGGACACCCGGGGCCGGGGCGUCUACUCCACACCAGACAUCCAGAUGGCAGAGAAGCACUGCAAGAAGUUCAAGUCCAAAGUGGACGGGAAGACAUACAAAGUGGUUCUUCAGAACCGCAUCAACCCGGACAAAAGGGUGAAGUGUCAGAGAGAAGACGUGUGGUUGGUGUAUGUCCCCGAAGGACACAACGACAUCCAGACGAGGGCCAUCGUCCAGGAGUCCAUCCGUCCGUACGGCCUGCUGCUGAAGGAGGCGUGAACCAGGACACGUAUGAACCCACAGAUUCAGCAAAUUCAGCCUGACGUCUUCUUAUUAACAUAAAAAAAAAUCACGAAAAUUAAUUCACGGUUCUGUAAAGACCUUUUCAAAAAUGAUGUAGUGAAUUUACAGCUUUCAUGGUUUAAUGGUGCUUUCCUAGUGACCUCAUCACACUCUACUGAUGUAUAAUGGCCUUGAUUUAACUCGGAGGUUGGAAAUUUCUCAAUCUGAAUUUGAAUUCUGAGCCCAAAGAGUUCCACGACUCCGUAAACGUAAACGUAAACACUCAACGUUAUAGAAACAGUGGAGGACAAGAUAUGGAUGUAAGCAGUGGUGGAUGAAGUAUUCAGAGUCUUUACUUCAGUAAAAGUACAAAUACAGCAAAGAAAAACCAUCUCUGUUACAAGUUAAAGUACAGAGCAGCAAAAUGUAGUUCAUUAAUAGUGAAGUAUCCAUCUGUCAGCUGCACAUUGCUUUUGUUCCAGAGAGAUAGAUAGACUAUAGAUAGACUAUAGAUAGAUAGACUAUAGAUAGAUAGAUAGUUAAUCCAGAGGGAAAUUCCUGGUUUGAACCACUUUAAAUCCAGUUUUAAAGACAAGAGCAACAGAUAAAUCUGAGGGCUCCAAACACAUUCAUAGGAAAGAGAAAAAAACAACAAAUAAAAUAAAUGGAGCAGAAAGUCUGAUAGUUAAUUUACAAUGUGGUGCAGUCGAAGCAGAAAGGGCAGAAAAUGGAAAUGUACGAGUACGUCAACAGCUGGACUUUCGUACAGUACUUGAGUAAAUGUACUUAGUUACUUUCCACCACUGGAUAAAAGGUUGUCAGAUUUCCCAGUGGGAGCUCUGAAUUCAAGAGAAAUUUUUGAUUUCCAGGUUGCUUGAAAAGCAGCAUUUUCAGGGAAUUUCUGCUGCUAUAUGUUAAGUUCAGUGUUAAGAAGCUCUGCACAGAUUAAUGUACCUGAAGGACUCAGAGGUUGGUGAUUUAUGGAUGUGAUGAUGGAAAAACAAAGUUAGGAUGAAACUAAACAGGACAGGUUGAUUCAUGUCUACUGAUAUUUACUGAUACUACCUAACUUUUAUUCCUUACUGCUCAUAACUGAACUGUCCUGAUGAACACUGAUUGAACUCUGGUGGUUUUAUUAUUCUAACAGUUCAUAUUUGAGAUAAUGGUGAUCUGGAUUAAAAUUCUGCUGAGUCAUGAUGCCGUUCAGCCUCACUGCUCAGAAUUCAUUUUAAUUGUCCGUAAUAUUAAAUCAUUCUCUAAUAUACUCUAUGAUUUAUCUUCUGCAGUCCAUCCAGCUAACAGGACUACAGAUAAUCAGUUUCUCCUGUUUUCUGUUUGAAUGUGUGUCCAACAUCUGUAUGGAAUUAAAUGGAGAACAGAUCCUG